UUCACUUUUGUGUUUACAACAUGAUGUGGUGAAGCCGUUGCAUGGAAAUAUUUGCCGUAUCAGUUAGUUUUAAAAAAAAAAAACCCAGCUCCAUUUGUAUGUAUGGUAACAUGCUAGUUGGUUUGUUUUACUUUCGGUGUUUCAGAUUAAGUCACUUAUCAUAAUUUGAAUGAAUCCCUCCUGAAGCAUUUCAGCCCUUGAAGAUGUCUGAUGCUUGCUCUGAACCUGCAGGAGCCAUCAAGGCCAUUGACAGGCACUCAGUGCAUCAGAUCUGCUCAGGACAGGUGGUGCUGACUUUGUCCACAGCUGUCAAAGAGCUGGUGGAGAACAGCAUUGAUGCAGGGGCUACCAACGUUGAUGUCAGGCUGAAGGAGUGUGGAACUGAACUUGUGGAAGUGUCAGACAAUGGCAAAGGAGUAGAAGAGGCCAACUUUGAAGGGCUGACAUUGAAGCAUCACACAUCAAAGCUGAGGGAUUUCUCUGAUCUCAUCCAUGUGGAAACAUUUGGUUUCAGAGGUGAAGCCCUCAGCUCUUUGUGCGCUCUGAGUGACCUGAGUGUGGUGACGUGCCAUGAGUCCAGCCAGGUGGGGACCAAGCUGGUGUUUGACCAAAAAGGCCACCUAGUGCAGAGGUCACCCCAUCCACGGCAGCAAGGCACCACAGUCAGCCUGCAGCAGCUCUUCUACACCCUGCCUGUUCGACACAAGGAGUUCCAGCGCAAUAUUAAGAAGGAGUAUGCAAAAAUGCUCCAUGUGCUGCAGUCCUACUGUGUCAUCUCUACAGGAGUGCGUAUUACCUGCUCCAACCAAAAUGGGCAGGGAAAGCGCAGCACAGUCCUCAGCACCAGUGGCAGCCAGAGUAUGAGAGACAACAUAGGGGCCAUAUUUGGACCAAAACAGCUACAGAGUCUCCUGCCUUUUCAGCAAGUGUCUCCAGCAGAAAAUAUUAUUGAAGAAUACGGACUCAAAGAAGCAGAUUUACCCAAACAGCUUUUUUCUAUUACAGGGUUUGUGUCACGAGGGGACCACGGUGUUGGGAGAAGUGCCACAGACAGGCAGUUCUUUUUCAUUAACAACCGGCCAUGUGAUCCUCUUAAGGUGACCAAACUUGUGAAUGAAGUGUACCAUAUGUACAACAGACAUCAGUAUCCAUUUGUCGCCUUGAACAUAGCUGUAGCCUCUGAGUGUGUGGACGUGAACGUAACCCCGGACAAGCGGCAGAUCUUCCUUCAGGAGGAGAAACUCUUGCUGGCUAUUCUGAAGACUUCUCUCAUAAACAUGUAUGAGGCUGGAGUCAAUAAGAUCAGCCUGAACUAUACACCCAUACCCAGCACCAAUACAACGUCUAAAAUCUGUCAGGUUGUUCCAUCUAAUGAGAACAUGCCAGAACCUGGAGAGGAUAUGCAACCAGUGAUUGAGAGCCCAAAGUCGUCACUCAACCUUGCUGGCUUAAAAGCUGCCUUUUCAAGCCAUAAAAGCUCCAAUUUUGGGAACAAAUCAGGUGUGGCAAAAGCUGCCAACACACAGAAAACACUACAGUCUUUUUUUACAGGCAAACCUCCAGCCUGCAGCCCAACUGUAACAUCUCCUGUGAAACCCACAAGACAUCUCGCUAAACCAUCCCCAGUGGGAAAAUCAGUGCUAGAUGGGUUUAGGUACGGAAGGAUGAGCGAUGAUACAGACUCUGAAAAAGACAGCGCUGUGUCCAGCUGUGACGUCACCACAGCAACACCAGAUAAUCAGUGUUCUGGCCGUGAGUUCAGCUCUCCUGAACCAGCCACUGACAGUGUUGAAAAUGAAACAUUGGAAGAAACGUCAGAGAACAGUCACACUGUUCCUGAAGAUCCAGAGUUACAGACUGAGCCGUGCACUUCCAGUGGGGACUGUACUGUGAGCCCAGAUGCCAAGAGGGCCAGGACAGAGAAACCACAUUUCCCAGCAGAACACAAAUCCAACACUUUUUAUAAAUCCUCCUCGACGGUGGAUGCUCCAGUCUGCAUUCAGAAGAGGACGGUGCCUCUCCGCUUCUCAUUACAAGAGCUGGCGGGGAAGUUUAAGAGGUUAGAGGACCGGCAGAAACAGAGGACUGAUGAGGAACUGUGCUAUCGCCGCUUCAGGGCCAAAAUCAACCCUGGAGAAAAUCAAAGUGCAGAGGAAGAGCUCAAGAAGGAGAUCAGUAAAGACAUGUUCAAACAGAUGGAGGUCAUCGGCCAGUUCAACCUGGGCUUCAUUAUCGCCAAACUCAACUCGGACAUCUUCAUGAUUGACCAGCAUGCCACAGAUGAGAAAUACAACUUUGAGAUGCUGCAGCAGCACACUGUGCUCCAGGGACAGAAGCUCAUAGUCCCUCAGAAGCUUCACCUCACUGCUGUCAGUGAAAACGUACUGAUGGAGAACAUUGAGAUCUUCAGAAAGAAUGGCUUUGAAUUUAUUAUCGAUGAGGAUGCUCAGGUUAUGGAAAGAGUUAAGCUGGUGUCUCUGCCCACCAGUAAAAACUGGACAUUUGGCCCAGCUGACAUUGAAGAGCUGAUCUUCAUGUUGAGCGACAGCCCGGGGGUCAUGUGUCGACCAUCACGCGUCAGGCAGAUGUUUGCCUCUCGAGCUUGUCGAAAAUCUGUAAUGAUUGGCACUGCUCUGAGUGUCAGUGAGAUGAAGAAGCUCCUGGUGCAUAUGGGGGAGAUUGAGCAUCCAUGGAACUGUCCUCACGGCAGGCCUACCAUGAGACAUCUCACCAACCUGGACAUCAUCUCACAAGACUGAUCAUGUCAAGGAACAACUCUAAUUUACACCGGCUUAAUGUUCCUGUUUCUGCCAGCCAUCUGAUACGGAGAAGACUGAAUCCAAACCAUAGAUACUGUAGUUUUGUAUAGUUCAAAUCAUUGACUGUUCAUUGUGUUGUUCUUACUGUUGCUUUUAUUUGUAUUUUGCGUCACAAAAUUAUAUUUUUCAUAUUUUUAGCACCCAAUUAACAGGGUAAAUA